UUUCGUGAUUUCGCUAGCGUCUCUAUAAAUACCCCUUAAAGUUACUGCGGUCGUUAGCGUUUUACUUCAUUUGACUUUGUUCAGUUAGUUUUUUCGCUCCCGAUUUCUCCAAUUCCAAUGGAAAGAGGCAGAGGCAGUUACGGUGGCCGUAGCAGUUACCGCGGCCGUGGCAGUUACCACGGUCGUGACAGUGGCACUUACCAAGGCCGUGACAGUGGCAGUUAUGGUAUCGGUGAGGGCAAUGCUGGCCACUACACUUCUGAUGAUCGAUACGGCAACACUGGUCGUAGCAGUUACGGUGGCCGUAGAGGAAGGUUCUACCAACAUCCCCAGUUAAGUGGUAGCAAUGAACACAGGUCUCCUUCUCAACCACAGCCACAAGAACGGUGGCAACGGAAGUUAAAUCCUUCUUCCCCUGGUGAAUCUUCAAAACCGCAUGCUUCUCAACCUCGACCUGAAACUGAAACUGAAACUGGAAUUGAAUCUGAAAAACGGACAAGUCAAAAUCCAGACGUAGGAUCUUUGAGGAUAUCAGAGGAAAAAGCAGAGAGCAUCAGACCAAUGCGUAGGCCUGACAAAGGAGGAAAAAUAGCAGCUAAGAGAAACACCCUUGAGGUGAACCAUUUCCUUGUUGAGUUUGAUGAAAAGAGAGUAAUAUUCCACUAUGACGUGGAUGUGAAGGCCAAGGCUCCGUCCACCAACAACCGGCCUCAGAAGAUUUCCAAGUUUCUUCUGUCGUCGAUUCGGGAUAAGCUGUUUGCCGAUCACGCGUUGCCGACUUCGGCGUACGACGGCGACAAGAGCAUAUUCAGCUCGGAGCGCUUGAAGGAAGGAACCUUCGAUGUGGAGGUGGUGAAAGGUGGGGAAGCAAGAACGCUUUGCUAUUCGGUCACUCUUACACUUGUGAAGGACCUUGAACUCCGCAAGCUGAGAGAUUACUUGAGUGGAAAGGUUCCUGGAACUCCUGCAGAUGUUUUACAGGGCUUGAAUUUGGUGGGGAAGGAGAAUCCCAGUAAGCAGUGUGAUACGGUUGGGUGCUGCUUCUUCCCCAAGAAUCAUCCCAUAAGUCCGGAAGACUCUAAAGGGAUAAUUGCAACUGGAGGAUUUCAGCAGAGUCUUAAGACCACUUCUCAGGGCUUGUCCUUGUGCGUCGACUUUUCCGUUCUGUCGUAUUUUGGGGAGGAGAAACCGGUGUUGAAGUUUCUGCACGAACAGAUUGAGAAUUUCGAUUUGAGGAAGUUUCCCAAGUUCAAGAAAAAAGUUGAGGAUUUACUUGUCGGGUUGAAAGUUAAGGUAACCCACCGGACGACGAAGCAGAAAUACACUAUUACAAAGUUGACACCCAUGGUUACGAGCAAGAUCAGAUUCCCUGUUUUGGACACUGAGGGACGGAAUCCAGCAGGGGAAUGUAGUCUAAUUGAUUACUUUUGCAGGAAGCAUAAGGUGGAGAUUCAACACACGGAAAUUCCUGCCUUGGAUUUUGGAGGCAACAAGAUGAAUUAUGUGCCCAUGGAGUUAUGCAUCUUGAUCAAGGAUCAAAGAUGCCCCAAAGAGAAUUUACUGAAUACAGAUGCUGGCAAUGUGUUGAGAAGAAUGUCACUGGCUUCUGCAGGAGAAAGGAGAAGUAAAAUAUGCACUAUAGUGAAAUCAGAGGAAGGACCGUGUGGAGGUGGUGUUAUGGAUAGUUUUGGCAUGCGUGUGGACACUUCCAUGACAAAAGUGACAGGACGCGUAAUUCAGCCCCCAGAAUUGAAGAUAGCUAAUCCAAAGGGUGGGAUUAUUAGUAUGACACUGGAAGUGGGGAAACCUCAGUGGAAUCUGAAGGGAGGAUCAAUGGUGGAAGGCAAGCCGCUUAAGUGUUGGGGCAUUCUUUAUUUUGCUGAUUCCAAGUGCCAAUUUAAAAGCGAACAGUUCAUUAAAAAUCUUCGUAAGAAGUGCGGAUUACUCGGCAUUAGAAUGGAGAAGCCAGCUUGUUCUCAAGAAUUUCCUAUGUCGACUCUUCGCAGAUACGAUUCGCUGUGUGAGUUACUUCAAAACAUUGAUGAUCAGGUUCAAAAGGAAUGUGAACAACGGCUGCAGAUUCUUCUUUGUGUGAUGGCCGAUAAAGAUUCAGGUUACAAGAGCCUAAAAUUGAUCGCUGAGACCAAGGUUGGGGUGGUGACACAAUGCUGCUUACGUUGUCAUGCUAAUGAUGCAAAGGAUCACUUCCUUACAAAUCUUGCCUUCAAGAUGAAUGCCAAAAUUGGAGGUAGUAAUGUUGAACUAAUGAACAGGCUCCCAAACUUUGAAGGCGAAAGUCAUGUUAUGUUCAUAGGGGCUGAUGUUAACCAUCCACCUUCCAGGGACACCAACAGUCCAUCAAUUGCUGCUGUAGUUGCCACUGUUAAUUGGCCUGCUGCAAAUCGCUAUGCUACACGUGUUUGUGCUCAAGGUCACCGGGUUGAAAAAAUUUUGAACUUUGGAAGAAUUUGCCUUGAACUAGUUUCUUAUUACAAUAAGGUGAACAAAGUGUGGCCAGAAAAAAUUGUUAUCUUUCGAGAUGGCGUGAGCGAAAGUCAAUUUAACAUGGUUCUGACGGAAGAGCUGCAAGAUUUGAAAUCAGUGUUUGGUGACUCAAAUCACUUGCCAACGAUCACUCUUAUUGUUGCACAAAAGCGACAUCAAACUCGAUUUUUUGUGAAGGGUAAAAGUUUCAAUGUGCUACCAGGAACAGUUGUAGACACAGAGGUGGUACAUCCUUAUGAAUUUGACUUCUACCUUUUUAGUCACAAAGGGAUAUCGGGUACAAGCAAGCCCACUCAUUAUCAUGUGUUAUGGGAUGAACACAAAUUUACAUCUGAUGAUUUGCAGAAACUUAUAUACGAAAUGUGCUUUACCUUUGCAAAGUGCACUGGACCAGUAUCUUUAGUUCCUCCAGUUUACUAUGCUGAUCUAGCUGCAUACAGAGGCCGGGUAUACUACGAAGCAAUGAAUGAAGCCAAAUCUGAUCGCUCUGCCACUACUGGAUCUUCUUCUUCCUCAGUUUCUUCUGCUUUAAAUGAUGAAGGCUGUUACAAGUUGCACCCUGACGUGGAAAACCUUAUGUUCUUCAUUUGAAUAUUGCUCUUUUGCCACAACAACUCUGCACUCUUUCCAUUGGGACAAACCGCUUCAAAUAGGUUAGUUUGUGCGUGAAUCUAACGGCUCAAUUCAAACUAUCAUGUUCUCUGUUUGUUAUACACUACUUGUAAUUGUGUCAUGUUUGUCUUGUUUUACUCUAGAACACACCUAUACGAAUAAAACAAUAAAAAAUA